AUGCUCCGUCGGGGCCUCGUGCUGCAUCUUAGCUCCGCCUUUGGACUCGGAACAACCUUUGCCUACCUCUUCUGGUACGGCUACCACCUCCCCCGCGUCCGGGCCCGUGACCGCUUGUAUGCCCGUAUCGAAUCCGAGCGCGCACAAGGUCUCCUUGACUAG